CGCGAACAGCCUGAUGUGCAACCGCGCAGAUGAUGAUCUUCGCCUCGGAGUAGGGGAGCGUGUAUUAUUGCGGGUAUGUAUACCUAGGCGAUAGACAGCGAGAUGGUAGUCUGUGGAGAAGCCGGUCUCUCUCCUCUCCACUCUGAUAUCCAGUGUAUAACACCGUACAGAGCUUUUGCGUUUAUUUUCGGGAAAAUUCUCUUUUAGAAUAACUUCAACGUAAAGCAGCGGUGCUCGCCGGCUUUUUCCUCGAAAUUCGUCUUAAUCUCUCUCUCUCUCUCUCUCUCUCUCUCUCUCUCUCUCUCUCUCUCUCUCUCUCUCUCUCUCUUUUCGCCGACAUACAUAGUUUUAUCUUUUUACAAUUUUUGCGCUGAUAAUAUACGUCCGCUGAUAAACGGUGCGCUUCGCUAUAAGUUAUUGGCUCUCAGUAUAUAUGUGUUAAUAGGAAAAAGCCGCGGCGAAUUGUGCACGAACGCGAGCUUUUAUAUGGCAAUAAUAAAAAAGUGUAAGGGGGCAAUAAGAGGCUCGCGCGAGUUUGUGAAUGAUUUCUAAACAGAUCCGAUAGAUCGACUCUACGCUGUGCGCGCAUCGUCAGCUUCUUCGUGGAGAUCUGUCGCGGACAAACGGCUCGUGCGAGUGUGGAUCAGUGUAAUAUAGAUCGAGCACGUGCCUCGAACGGACGCAUGGACUCGGAUAUCAAUUGUCAGCAUCAGACGACGAGGAUGAAUUCGAGCAUCAUACUUUUAACGCAGCUGCUGCAAGCGUUGGAGCACCAGGAGGCGGCUGUGAGUCAGGUGCUACUGUCGACCGCGACUGAUCUCAACUCCUUCCUACUGAGCACCUCCAAGUGUGUCAUCCUCGUUGGGGCCGUCAUCCUGGUGAGGAGGAUGUCUGCGAACCUGCUUGCCGAUGUAGAUCCCUUCAGCGAGACACCACUUGAUAUAGAUGUCACUCACACAGACUGCAACUUGAAAGCUGUCGUGCUCGAAGAUGAGGAUGAAGAAGACAAAAAAGAAUUACCAAAGCAAUUGCCAUACGCAGAACCACUAACACCCAAUGAAGUUCGAUGGUUGUACAAAGAUGACGUUAAUAAGAGAUGGAUGGAAUUUUGUGGAUAUGAUAGUUUGAGAAUUGAAAACGCUUGGAGAAAAAGACAAAAUGCCACCAAUGAAAAUGGAAACAGCAAUGAUUCUGUGAACACUGAACGAGUAAUAGUUAGAGGAGGAAUGUACGAUGUUGAGCUGGAAAAUAUGAAGUGUCUUUCCAUAUAUUGGCCAGGAGAAGAAUGGGAAAUAAUGAGAGGUACAUGGUUUUAUGAUGGAACUUGGAUACCACUAGAAUUGGAGUAUUCUGAAGUAAUAGAAGAAGCUCAUUUACGAAUGUUUCAAAAACAAACUCUCACACAAUCGAGUUCUACGCCAGAAUUUGGAACACCAUCACAUUCAUACAAAGUACUCCAUACUGAGCACUUUACCCAAUAUCACAUUGAUUGGCAUGCAAUAAAUGAUGUUGUGCUUUAUAGUGAAUAUACACCUAGUAAAUUAAUGCGUAGUGUUACAUCGAAAUUCGGGUUCACUAAAACUACGGGUUAUAGACUUGCAAGAGGAUAUAAAGAACCUGCCACAAUGGAAGACAAGCCAAAUGACAUUGAUCACUUAGUAUUUGUAGUUCAUGGAAUUGGUCAAAAAAGAGAUACGGGCAAAAUAAUUCGCAAUACUUCUUUGUUUAGAGAAUGUGUGGAAAGGAUGAAACAAAAAUAUUUUCCAAAUUCCACUCAUCGAGUUGAAUUUUUUCCUGUUGAAUGGAGGUCUUUAUUGAAACUUGAUGGAGAUAUCGUGGAUGCAAUAACUCCAUAUAGUGUUUUAAGUAUUCGACACCUCCUAAAUACUUCUGCAAUGGAUAUUCUUUACUAUACAAGUCCUUUGUAUGGUGGUGAAGUUCGAGCUGGUCUUCAGAAAGAACUGAAUAGAUUGUAUGAAAAAUUUACUAGUCGACAUCCUGGGUGGAAGGGAAAAGUUUCGGUUCUAGCUCAUUCACUUGGCUGUGUUAUUGUUUACGACAUUGUCACUGGGUGGGUAGGCUUUGAAACUCGUCCUCCUGGUUCACUCGAGCGUUCGUCUGAAGGUUUACAGUUUCCUAUUGAGAAUUUAUUUUGUUUGGGUUCUCCAUUAUCGGUAUUUUUAGCUUUACGUACACGUACACCGUCCAAUAGAUUAGAUUUGAUGCCAGAAUAUUUGUGUAACAGAUUUUAUAACAUAUUUCAUUGGUCAGACCCAGUUGCAUAUAGAAUGGAACCUUUAUUAGAGAGAGGAUACAGUAAAAUAGAACCGAUUCUCAUCCCUCCACAUGGUGGAAUAGAUAGCCAGCCAGUUGAUCCACCUCAGCCUCAGCCAAUGAGUAAUGGUGAUCAAAGUAAUCCUCAAUCAGACACUGAUGAAAAAGAUGAUAGCAGUCCAGUUGAUACACCAAAUAGAAAUGCAGAUAGAGGGUGGAGUUUGUGGGGUUUAGUGAGAGCUGGAUGGAAUGCAAAAGAGGGUACUUCUCCUACUCCUGAUAAUCCACCUAUUCAACCAGAUCAAGAAUUAAGUCAACGUUUGGACUAUGUAUUACAAGCUGUUGGAAUAGGUCGGAAUUAUUUGUACAGUGUGACAGCUCACACUGCAUAUUGGACUAAUUGCGAUGUGGCGUAUUUCGUAUUGACAAGAAUAUUUCCAACAUUAGAGACGUGAUGUUGGGAUAUGAUUAGUUGCGAAUCGUAUCAAGCUGCUCUGGAGUUAACUAGUCUAAUAAAGGCCUUAUAGGCCUGAGCUUGGAAACAGGCCUGCCACCAAAACAAAUCUGUGAUAAUGUAAAAACGAUACAAUAAUAUGACGAAUUCGACGAUAGGCUAAUUGUUUUAUAUAGUUUACAUAAAAAAGUAAAAUUGUAUCCGUGAGAAUUUUUUGCCAUUUACGGCUUUUACACUAACAUCUUAUCUUCUACUAGAAAUAUAUAAGUACGAAUUCGACUUUGAAAUGAUUUGGCAGAUGCCUCUUGCCUUAUUAAAAGAAUUUAUAAAUGUUAAUCAUACGUUCUAUAGUUAUCUAGCCUAAAUUAUUUCAAGUUAUCUGUAAAUAUUUUAUAUUUAUCCAAACGGUGCUCCGAUUCGUCAAACAAAGGUCAUGAAUUCAAGCAAAUAUAAUGUUAGUUACAUUUUUUUUAAAUAUUCAGCCAAGAAUUAUUUAUUGUAGAACGAUUAAAUAUUAGCACAACCAUAAAUAUCAAUUGUAUAAAUGUAGAGAUAUCAAUGAAAUUACAGUUUAGUGACUGAUACUUUAAUUAAUUUAAUGCCACUUUUAUAUUCUUGUAAUAAUUAAAUUAUUCUACGUAAGUUACAAGAAACUGAUGAGACUUUAAUAUACUUUAUCAUAUCCAUACAUAAUCACGAAAUGUUUUGGAAGUUCUUAAGAGAGAUAAUAUUGUAAUUGCUUGAUACAUACAUUGUUUUAUUUUAAAGAAUUUUCUUUGCUCACGUAUUGAUAGAUGAUUUCAAAGGGAAUUAUAUUAUUCCAACAAUAAUAUUAAAAACAAUCAUUUUGAGACUAUAAAAUGUAUCGGUUAUAAAAUAAUAGAAAAAUCAUAUUCAUUAUAGUAGGAAUUUUCGUAAAGCAAAAACUAUCCAUUUUUUUCUCUACGACUCUUGUAAAUAGUGUAAGUCUACCACUCUUUAUCCUAUCAAAGUGGCCAUUUAUACGAAGUUGUUGAACACCAAGUUAUUAUUAACGUUUUAACAAUGUUUGAUACUUUUGCGAGUAAAUGAAGUGUUUAAAUUUUGUUGUAUAAUUGAGAAGUUAUGAAUGAUAAUCUGUGAUCCUAUGAACGAUUAUAAAAAUAGAGUGCUGAUGAUGUAGAAUAAACAGAACCAACAGUAGCAAUCAAUUAUAAUACAUUAUUGCAAAAGUAA